AUGGAUACAACUGCCAAUUUAAACUUGACUAGUGACGAUGGAAUAGAUACACCUGAUAAUGGUGGUCUUUUUCUUGGAAUCGAUAGUGAUGAUGAAGUAAAUAUUGAGAAAAAACUACGUGUCGAAGAUUUACGUAUACUUCGUCAACGUUUUAGUCGUUCCAUCGCAGAUAGGAUUAAUAUGUCGACUAAAAGAAAUGAUAAAAUAUCUGCCUCAUUAAAUAAAGAAGAAUUUAUUGAAGCAUUUGAGUCUAUAUUAGAUUCAAGUCAAUAUGGACUAUUAUUAGAGAAAUUAUUCGAUAAACUCAAUUCGAAAGAGACGGGACUAAUUAAUUGGAAUGACUUCUGUACUUACAUGCUUCAGUUCUAUCAAGAAGAAGAUUAUGAAAAUACGUCUCGUGUAUCACCAUUUAAUAAUGAACCAAAACUUCGUCAUGUACUUCAUAAUAAACAAGAAUUAACUGCGAAAAUUCUUCAUCUAGAAAACCCAGUUAAAUUCAUUAAUAUUAGUAAAGAAGGUUAUUUAGGAUUAUGGACAACAAAUUUAAAUCUAGAAAAAACAUAUUCAGCUGCUGAUGAACUUGACGAUGGAACCAAUAAUAAUGUUAGUGGCAUUGGACAAAGUCGUCGUCGAGCUGGAAUGUGGAUAACAGAUGCAAUUUAUUUGACUGAUGCACAUAAAUUAGUGCUUUCAUCGACCAGUCGAGAUUUACGUUUUUUUACUAUUUCAAAUGAAACAUUUCUUGAAGAAUUUGCAUUAUUUGGUGUUAAAAAUGUACCAACUUGUCUGGAUUAUUAUCCUAGUCGUAUGAAUGGUAACAACGAAUCAGCUUUGAUGUUUGGCGAUGAUUGUGGUUUAAUACAUAUAUUAUAUUUUAAAAAUCCUGUUAAUGCUUUAUUUGAUCCACUUCGACGUAAAAAUGAUCAGACUAAAGCUGAUAAAGCUACUAGUAAUACUGUUCAACGUAUUUUUUGGGAUGAAUUGAAAGAUCAUGAAAAAUAUGUUCGAUAUUAUAGUAUGGGCGCUAUUCAUCGAGAAUAUGUUCGUAAAAUACUUUAUAUACCACAUAAUAAUUCAAUUAUUGCAUCGAGUGGAGAUCAUCGUAGUUCGUUAAUUAUUACAAAUGUUAAUAAGUUAAAGAAACCAUACGUCUUUCGAUUAUAUAAAGGUUGCGAAUGUUUCGACUAUAGUAAAGAAUUAAAUAUGUUAAUUACGGGUGGUGCUGAUUAUCUUGCACGUAUUUGGAAUCCAUAUGUAACACAGAAAAAUAUGGCCAUUUUAGAAGGACAUCAUGCAGCAGUAGUUGAUAUUAAAAUUAAUGAACGCGUAAUACAAUGCUAUACAUUUAGUAAAGAUGCAGUUAUUAAAGCUUGGGAUUUAAAAGAAUAUACGUGCCUUCAAACAAUACCAAUUCGAUUUCCAAGUACAUUAGGUGGUAAAACACCCAGUUUUGGUCCGUUUCCAACUGAUUUAUAUUUAAAUACAUCAGCAAACCAUGUUGAAACAAGUUUACCCGGUGGCUUAGUUUUAGCAUGUAAUGAUUAUAUAUGUCUUAUGAAAUUAGGACAAGAGGCUGCUAAAGAAGGAAGUUUAACAGAAACACAUUCUGCUCCAAUUAGUUGCGCUGUAUAUAAUCCUAAACUUAGACAAAUAAUAACAUGUGCAGAUAAUUCGAGUAUUGGUGCAUGGGAUACAGAAUCCGGUCAUAAAACAUUUUUCAUUCCUGAUGCUCAUGAUGGAGAAGAAAUUACAUGUAUUUCUAUUGAUCGAUCAUGUCGAAAAUUUGCGACAGGGGCUAGAAAUGGUGUUAUUAAAAUUUGGAAUAGUGCUAAUGGUUUAAAUCUUCACAUAUUACCAAGUGUUGAAGAUGCAGAAAUAACUGGAAUUCUUUUUACGGAUAAAGGUGUUAUUACAGUUGGAUGGUCAAGAAAAAUUGUUAAAUAUCCUGAUAUAAUAUCUGAAGAUCGAGCUGAUGAUCAGAAAAACGCAAGCGAGCUUGUUUUACCUAAAGCUGAUUUAUCAUGGCGUGGUUUACAAAUACAUCGGGAUGAUAUAUUAUGUAUGGAGAAUUUAAUACCAAUUAGUAAUAUUAUGUGUACAGCGUCAUAUGAUGGUGAAAUAAAUGUCUGGAGUACAGAUACAGAAAAAUUAAUUAUUUGUUUACGUAAAGCACCAAAACAAAGCUUUCAUCGAUCAUCAUCACGUCGAGCCAAACGGCAUACUCCAGUGCCAGUGGAUAAACUUCUUUUUCUUCGACAUCGAGCUAAAGAAAAUAUGAAAUUGGGCGUUUUAUUAUCAAGUGAAGCUGGAAAAAUAUAUUGCUGGUCACUUUAUGGUGAUCGUAAAGAUAUGGGAACAUUUUAUGCUUCAUCAAAACCAGGUGAAUCAAUUUUAGCAAUGUGUACUGAUACAACAAAUAACCAUUUAAUUUGUGGUGAUACACAUGGAGAAAUUCGCAUUUGGAAUAUUGAAAAUUAUUGUUGUUCAAUAACAUCACCUAUUCAAUUUGAACAAUCAACACCUCCACUUGUAAAUUCAUGGCAAGCACAUUUAUCGCCAAUUAUUUUUUGCGAAUGGGCUGAUCAUAACGGGCAUGCAGAUUUUAUUUUAACUGGAUCAACUGAUCAUACAAUGCGUUUAUGGACCAUGAAUGGAGAACAAAUUGGAAUAUUUGGUCAAAGAUACCCAUGGGAUAUUGAUUCAUUUCUGACGUCAAGAGCGGAAGUUGAUCAACAGUCCAUUAGAGAAAAAACAGCGAAAACAAUUAACCAUAACAACGAUGAAACAAAAUCAAUAAUGAAUGAAAAAACAUCUCAUUUAUUAACUAUUGAAGUUCCACUCGACAAUAAAGAAGAACAAGACAACUUUUCAUCAUCCUCCAUGACUAAAUUCAAUGAUUAUAGUCAAAUCUUUAAAUCGGUUUCAACUGCAUUCGAGAGUCCAUCAUUCUUAUAUCGUGAACGUACUGGUCUUGGUAUAUCGAUUGAACGAGGUCUAACUCAACAAAAACUAAAACGACAAGAACGACGUCAUCGUUUCAGUGAUAUUGAUGGACGCCAUUUAGUUAAAGGUGGUGUGUGUGUAACUCCAUAUGCUUUACUAUUCACACAAGAUAUUGAUGAUACGAUAUCCAAUCAAACUAAUUAUAAUUCCACAACAAAACAAUCAGUUAUUGAAGAUUUACUCAUCAUAAAUAAGGAUGAAUUAACAUCAGCGACAAAUACUGCGUCUAAAAAUCGUCUUAAGCUUCCACCAAUAUUACCACGUCAACAAACAUCAUCAUCGUUUGCAAGUAAUCUAACAGUCACAACGUUUGACAAAGAAACAAAUACUCGAUUUCCAUUUUCAUCAAGACAAAAUACAUUUAUGAAAUCAAUCUCAGAAAUAUUAUAA